AAAUAGUGAAUCAUUUCCAGGUCACUUUCAACAUGGAGAGUGGAGGAGGAAGACACUGGACUGAAGAGGAGGUUAAAGCCUUGCUAAGCGUCUGGUCUGAGAAAAGCAUCAGAAAGCAACUCCAUGGAACCCUAAGGAAUAAAGGGAUAUUUAUUUACAUUGCUAAAAGGCUACAGGAGUUGGGGAUCUGCAGAGACUGGAAGCAAUGUCGUGCAAAGUAUAAAAACCUGAAAUAUGAAUAUAGGACGGUUAAAUAUGCCCACAACUCAGGGGAUGCUACAAAGACCAUGAAGUUCUUCCAUGAGCUGGAUGCCAUAUUGCAACAUGAACCGGUCCCACAGUUAACAGAGGAAGAAAACAGCAGGUGUUCAGCAAAUGACAUCAUAAGUGCCACCAGGGAGAACAAUGAAGGUGAAGUCUCAGUUACACUGGACGAUGAGGAAGAUGCUCCUACAAAUCCGCUACUUUUUAUUUCCCACUGCAGGCCCAUUCAGUUAGGUAAUACAUAUCUGUGUCUCUCUCCUAUCCUACCUGAUGCAAGUAACGCAACCACAACACCAGACCCUUCCAAAAAUCUGCCCUUCAUUCCAUCUGUAGCAAAGGAAGGGGGAAAGCACUGGACUGUUAAUGAAGUUAAAGCUCUAAUACGAGUAUGGUCAGACAAAAGCAUCCAGCAACAACUGGAAGGGGCAGUGAGAAACAAAAGAAUAUUUGAACAUGUUGCUGCUAGACUCCAAAAAAUUGGAAUUGAGAAGGACUGGAAGCAGUGCAGGACAAAAUAUAAAAAUCUAAAACAUGAAUAUAAGAGUGUAAAAGAUGCCCGACACUCAGGCAACACAAGCAAGAAUAUGAUGUUUUUUAAAGAACUGGAUGCUAUUUUGGGACACAGGAAUGCAGAUAAAACAAGCAGAUUGGAUAAUAACAACAAUCAGAAGCCUACUGAUUGGAGUGAAAAGAUGACAGAAAACAAUUUAAAAGAAUUGCACCAAGAUGCUGGUGAAGAGGACUCAGUCAGCAAUGCCUCAGAAGAUCUGGGGUUCACAGACAAGAGGAAAACAAAAGACGCAGUGCCCUACAGUGCAGUAGACAGAAAUAAUAAUGCAAAUGGCCAUUUGGAAGAGCAAGUUACCACACACAUGAAGGAAAAUAUAAAAGAAGAAGUUACUGAUUUAGUGAUUCCUGAAGAUGAUGAUUCCACUCAUGCUACUCCAGAUGUUAUAGAGGUUCCACAAAUAAAACAAGAGCCAAUUGAAAUGAUGAUUCCAUCAGCACAGCUUCAGAGGGUGUGCCUGGAUUCUCAAUGUCUAAAGAGGUAUCUGGGAUAGACAAUCAAAUGUCCUUGGAUGAAGCACAGAACCACUUUAGAGUUAUCACAAUUAAUGACACGGGAGCAGGAAAACACUGGUGUGACAAUGAAGUUAGAGCUCUGAUAAAUAUAUGGUCAGAUGAGGAAAUACAGC